AGUGCAGACAGACCUUCAGUUCAAGACCUGCUUUAGCUAGAAACACCAUGCUGGCUAAAGUGGUGGAGAAACUGAAGAAGACCAAACUCUCUGCUGACUGUGACGCUGGAGCUGGAGAUGUGCAGUGUGACGUCUGUACUGGAAGAAAAUACAAAGCCGUCAAGUCCUGUCUAGUGUGUCUGAACUCUUACUGUCUGAAUCACCUCGAACAACAUGAGAGCUGGUUUAAAGGAAAGAGACACAAAGUGACUGAUGCCACAGGACGACUGCAGGAGAUGAUCUGCCAGAAACAUGAGAAGCUCCUGGAGGUUUUCUGUCGCACUGACCAGAAAUGUAUAUGCAUGCUGUGUACGAUUAUUGAACAUAAAAACCAUGACAUUGUACCAGCUGCAGACCAGAGGACAGAGAAACAGAAGCAGCUGAAGGAGACGCAGAAGACG